AUGGAUUGUAAUAAUAGCAACACUAAUGAUAACAACGACGAAUAUAUACCACCUCCACCACCUACAAAUAUUAAUUUAUCUUCUCCUUUUGACACUGAUAUGAUAGAUUCAUCAUAUCAAUAUCAACAACAGCCACCACCACCAACUUCACCUCCUUUGCUAGAAUCCACCUUUAAUAAUAACAAUAAUCCCAGUCACUAUGCCAGGGAAAAUAAUCAAUAUGGUGAAAGCUCUCCUUCAUCUGUUAUUAAAAAGAAAAAUAAAAGGAAAUCCAAGCCUAAAAAAAAUCAAGAAAACAAUAGUAUUGUUGAUCUUACUAGACUCUACAACCCAGUAAACCCAAUUAACUUGGGUUCUCAAAGAAAAUUAAACCACAACAAUAGUACCAUUACCAUCAAUUCUUCAAAAAGUAUUGGGAAAAUAAAUAAAGGAAUUAACAGUAAUACAAAUAAUAACAUUGGUAAAAGCUUUGGUGGUGAUUUAAGAAAUCCUCCAAAGGAAUUGCUUGAUGCCAUCAAAGAUUAUACCCAUUGGAGUAAAAGUGUAUGUAACAAACUAUUUGAACAAAAAAUUUAUUUUCAGCCAAUGCUUUCCUUUGUUAAUUUUUGUCUCUUGAAAACAAAAAAUGGUAACCACGAUGAAAUAGCUACACAGGAUUUAAAGUUACUCCCCAUACAAUUGGAGAAAAUCAUUGUUAUGGCUUAUAGAAAUAAUGCUGUCAAGACUACUGAUUGGAAAAAGCAAACUUUACCUGCCCUUAACAAAAACACAACAACUUUAAAAUUAGCACAUAACGAAACUUGGAAGCAAGAUGAUGACAGUUACAAUCCUGACACAUUCAAUACUUUUAUUAAAAAAAUUGAUGUUGUUGAGGAUGGAUAUAACCCGGAAUAUGCAACUUCUAAGGGUUCUACCUUAGAUGGCGAACUGGGUAAUACAAAACAAAAGCAAAGAUUACUUAAAUUUUCAAAUAAUGUAUCAUCUACUAGCACACCGUAUCUUGAAGAUUUCAGCAAUUUGAAUAAAAUGACAAAUAAAGCCCAGCAUUAUGAUAUUAAUAAACCCAUUGUGGGUAGAUGUACUAAAUUGGAAAAACCAUAUUUGCGAUUAACUAGUGAACCCAAUCCUGAUUUGGUAAGACCCCUAUUUAUUUUAAAAAAAAGCUACAAGAUGUUAAUGUACAAGUACAGAACCGGUACAGGAUCUUAUCAAUACCUCUGUGACCAAUUUAAGUCUAUAAGGCAAGAUCUACGCGUUCAAUUAAUUGAAAGUGACUUCGCCAUAAGGGUUUAUUCUACGCAUGCCAGGCUAGCAUUAGAGUUUAAAGAUGUGGGUGAGUUCAACCAAUGCCAAAGUAGAUUGAAGAACCUAUUUGAAAAUAAAGUUGAUUUUCGUAAUAAUAAUAAGGGGAUGAUGAUGGAGUUUUUUAAACAAUAUUUUUGUUGUACAAUUUUGUAUUUUAUUAUGAUGGAUGAUUAUCAAUCAGUAUUAGAUUUAAAGUAUACUUAUUAUAUGAAAGAUGCGGGGGAAGAGAACAAUAUUGUUAAUAGUAGGAGUAUAUUGAAUGAUUGCUUGGUGCUUAAAUUAUUUACCAUGAAUGAGAUGUUAAUAGUUAAUGAUUAUCAUAAUUUUUUCCGUGUAUAUGGUAAAUCUGGGUGUUUUGAUGAAAGUACCAGAAACCACGAUGAAAAUUGUGAUAGUGAUAAUAACAACAAAUAUGCUUAUGACUUGCUAAAAUUGUUUAUUGAUAAAUUGAGGUUGAAAGCAUUGGCCUAUAUGUGCCGUGGUUAUAUGCAAUUAAAGUUAGACUUUUUACGUCAAGAAUUGAGUUUCGAUGAUGAUAGUGAGCUGAAAAUUUUUUUAAAAGAUAUCAAAGUUAAUGAAAAUUGUAUUAUAACCAAAAAAUUGGCAAAUAGUAGGGAGUAUAUUUAUUUGGAUUGCAAAGAUUGUAGAGUAUCUCUAUGGAUUUUGUAUGAAAAUUCCAAAAAAAUUAAUAUUAAGGGACAAAUAUAG